GUCACUGUCAUUCAGAUGUCAAAAUGUCAUUAAUUUCGGGAAAGUUUUCGUAUGUUUGUUUAUCAUAAUAUAAUUGCAUUUUAUCUUAUAAGAGAUAUUAAUCGUAAAUAUACCUUUUUUAAGUUAUAUUUGAAUGUCCAACAACAAUAUCAGUUCAACUAAUGUCUUGAAUUUGUGAUUGUGAUAAAUGUAAAUAUGUCAGCGACGAAUUCAUUGGAGAAUGGUGAGGACUUAGAGAAUGUGGCAUUGGUGCGAAUGGAAGAUGUACAGCCAGAUAGGAGUAUUGAAGUGACGGUAACGCGUACAGAAGCCGACGAAAGUAAUGAUAGUUGUAGUUCGAACGACGAUGAGGAAUCGGACACCAGUAGUAUAGUGUCAGUGAAAUGUGAGGAAAUGGUCGAUUGCCCGGAAAAUAGCAAUCCUUCUGAAGAGGUCGAAUCUAGUACAGACCCUCUUAAAUUGGAUGAUGAACCAAAAACCAAAGAAUCAGAUCAAUGGCCAACAUUAGAAAUAUUACCAGGUGGUGUUAUAAAGAAUGCCGAUAGAUAUGAAGAUGAUUUAUUUAAAUGUCAAAUGGAAGAUGAUAAUAAAAAUGAUGUUGCGAUGUACGCAUGCGCGAUAUGUUCGGAAAGUUUUGUUGAACUAAUGACACUUAGCCUUCAUGUAAGAGACCAUGAGCAAGAAAAGAAAAGAGAACGAAACAAACUUCGGUAUAUAGAAAGCAAAAAGAACGCUAGCAAAAGGAAGAUAGUAGAUAUUACUCCCGAUAGUAAGGUGCCAAAGAAUGCCUAGCUUAAAAUAUUGUGCACUUUAUUUAGAAAAAAAAUAUGGAAAAUGUGUCCGAGACUGGCUAUUAUAUAAAAUUCUGUAUAAACAAACAUAUUUAUAUGUUGCAGGUAUAGUCCCACAAACUUAUCAAGAGUGUAGAAUUGUUAUUGGUAUUAUUUCUGCCAGUUAAUAAUAUAAAAGGCGAAACUUCAAUUUUAGGAAUUUAUUUUCUUAAAAUAAGUUUGUGGUACUUUAACUCAUUUGCUAGUAUAUUUUGUCUAAAUAUCAAUUAAUAAAAUACAUAAACAUGGAAAUAGAGAUGUAUGGAAUAGCAGCACAUACUGUGCCAACCCUCC